GUCAGGGUCAAACAAACUCUGACGCGGGAACGAAGAAGCUUCAUGACGGUCUGUUGCCAUAGUUACCGUGGAAGAAGGCGAGACUGCUCACGUGACCUAGCAAGAUGGCGCCUGUGUUGUAGAAUGGGACUUGAGCGUGAGCGCUUCGUAGCUUUCGCCUGCAGCUGAAUYACCAAACCGGACUUAAAUUAGGCGGGUCCAGUUCGGUGGAUGUUUGGAUCUGCUGGUUUAAUUGUGGAUCAUAUAUCUGGUGAUCAAGAUGGCCCUAAAUGUCUUUGAUCAUGACGAGUACAGGCCACCGGUGUGGAAGUCCUACUUGUACCAGCUCCAGCAGGAGGCGCCUCACCCACGCAGAGUCACUUGCACCUGUGAGGUGGAAAACAGACCCAAAUACUAUGGGAGAGAGUUCCAUGGAAAGAUCUCGAGGGAAGAGGCCGACCAGUUACUGAGUCAGGCCGAAGGCAGCUACCUCAUCAGAGAAAGUCUGAGACAGCCGGGCACAUACACUCUGGCUCUAAGGUUUGGAAACCAGACGAGAAACUUCCGCCUUUACCACGACGGGAAACACUUUGUUGGGGAGAAGAGGUUUGAGUCCAUCCAUGACCUGGUGACAGACGGCCUCAUCACGCUCUACAUCGAAACCAGGGCAGCGGAGUACAUCGCAAAGAUGACUAUAAACCCGAUCUACGAGCAUGUGGGCUACACCACUCUCAACCAGGAGCCAGCACUGAAAAAGCACCUGCCGCUCAGCCCAGAGGUGCACGAUGGACCCGUUCCUGUCAAAGACCACUGCAACACAGAGGAGAGGCUCACGUCUCUGGUGCGGCGGGCCACCCUGAGGGAGAGCGACCUGGCGCCCAAGUACGAGAAGGUCCACAACUUCAAGGUUCAUACAUUCAGGGGCCCCCAUUGGUGCGAAUAUUGUGCCAACUUCAUGUGGGGUCUCAUCGCUCAGGGUGUGAAAUGCGCAGAUUGCGGCCUGAACGUUCACAAGCAGUGCUCCAAAGUUGUACCAAACGACUGUCAGCCGGACCUCCGYCACGUCAAGAAGGUGUACAGCUGCGACCUGACCACGCUGGUGAAAGCCCACAACACCAAGAGGCCAAUGGUGGUUGACAUGUGUAUACAGGAAAUCGAGGCCAGAGGUCUUCAGUCAGAAGGUCUGUACAGAAUAUCAGGCUUCAGUGAGCUGAUAGAGGAUGUCAAGCUGGCCUUUGAUAGAGAUGGAGAAAAAGCGGACAUUUCCUCAAACGUUUACGAGGACAUAAACAUCAUCACCGGUGCCCUCAAGCUCUACUUCAGAGAACUGCCUAUUCCCCUCAUCACUUAUGAUGCCUACCCACGAUUCAUAGAAGCUGGAAAAAUUACAGAUUCAGAAAAACGGCUGGAGUCUCUCCACGAGGCCUUGAAGCUGCUGCCCCCGGCUCACUUUGAGUCGCUGCGAUACCUCAUGGCUCACCUGAAGAGAGUUACUGAUUACGAGAAGGAGAACCUCAUGCCCAGUGAGAACCUGGGUAUCGUCUUCGGCCCGACGCUGAUGAGGGCCCCCGAGCUGGACGCCAUGACGGCGCUCAACGACAUCAGAUACCAGAGAUUGGUGGUGGAAACGCUCAUCACCAACGAAGACGUCUUGUUCUGAGAGAACCGGACAAAAGGAAUCCUUCAAAACGAGGGACAGACUCCGAAAAGAAGCUAGAAUGUUCUUGUAGAAGAAAAAAUGUGAUCGAUACUCCAAGUGUGUCUUGGUAAAAAAAAAUGGACAAAUGAAGGAAGAAGAAACGGAUUGAAGGGUAUGGUGUUUCUCUACAGCGUAAUGUAAUUUUUCUGGUCCUAAUGUUUGACAAAAAUUGAUUGAAACAGCUGUUACCAGAGAAAACAAUGGAAGAAAUAAAAAAAACUUGGAUUUAUGUUUUUUUUUUUCUUAAAUGGAUACCUUGACACUUUUAAGCUCAUUGUUUCACAUUUGAUGCAGUAAUAAAAUAGUCUAAUAUUCUUGUGGAAAAACAUUUCCACAUUUUGACAUUUCCUGGUGGGUAAAGUUUGUAAAUUAUGGACUCCAAAUGCAGCGCGGGUCAAACAGUACCAGUUUUACCAGAUUAAAUUAGAAAAUACCAUUAAACAAACCUAUUAUCGUAAACAUUUUGACUCGUUUACAUUCUUGGCGUCUUUUUCUUUGUUGUCAAGGUGUCCAUUUAAUCCUCUAAAGAAAAAAAAAAGCACCACAGACUUUGUGAAAGUAGACAGCAGGAUGAAUGAAUGAUGAGGGAUUCACUCUUUCAUAAUAAGGCAUGUAUUCAUUCCUCAGAGUGAAACUCAAGUGAUCUGGACCUAUUUCGUUUUUCAUUCCUCUUUUUGCUUUACAGCGCCAUCUCUGCUCCAACACUUAUGACACAGCAUCUUCAUUCAAAAAAAUAACUUGUAGAUGUCGAGAUGGAAAAAUCUUAUUUUGUCGUUUUAGCAAAUUUUAAAGCAUGGUUGCUGUAAUCACACCUGCUGAUGGAGCUGCUAAUCAGGAUUUUUAUUUUUGCCUGAGUCUCUUUUUUUCCAUUUUGCCUGCUUUUGUUGAGCUUAAGAGUCUGACAAAUGACUCGUAAAUUCAGUCGGUUAAAAGGACUGAUUUGUGACCUUUCACAUCCUUGAGUUUGAGAUUUUACUGUUUGUUCAAAGUAAUAUUGCAGUUAAACCGUGUGAUGAAGUAAAAUGCAGGAUUUCUUUCCUGGUUGAAGUUGAGCUCAAUGAAGUGUUAAAUGACUCUGCGUGUGUGAAACAGAAUAUUCAUGCAACCGAUAGUUUAAAUCUGUGAAGGACGAAUUGAGUUGAUUAUUUUUGCCUGUAGACCCAUUUUGAAACACCUCAAAAAGCUGUAAUAUUUUUGACAACACACUGAUGCGAUGGUUUUAUUAAUGCUUUUAAAAGAGGUUGAUCAUUUCUAAUAUGAAGGAGUGUAAUUGCCAUAUUUUCUUUUUAAAACUUGUGCCAUCUGAAAGAUUAAAAGGUGCCCGCCUUACAUUACCCCGUUCUUUACAGAAAUCUUCCCCCAUUUUUGUCGGGGGUCUCCGUUAAGGUCGUGAUGACCCAGACAGUAUCUGUGCAGAGUUAAAGGUAGAGGAGAGGAAAUACAGAAUGAAGGAAACCUCAGCUUUUCUUUUAUCUAACCUUUUACAUUGUCGAAUUCUGUACUAACAUCAAUCUAACCCUGUGAACCUCAGUGAUCUGUGACACCUACUUUUUUUAUUAUUAUUUCAGCGUCAUGAAAUGUUGAUUUUUAUUGUCAUUGCUGUAAAGUAUUUUCCAUAUGGUUUAUGCAUGGUGGAAUUAAAUUAUUAAAAACUGCUUUCAAUUGA